GAACUCGGCGCAUGCCAUUUACGGCCUCUCUCCACGUCGCCCGUACGCCGCCGAGAUGGCAGGAGGUGUGCGGAGAAAGUCUCCCGGUUCCCCGUCCCCACUUUGGGGGAAACUUCAGACAUUGUGGCAGGACAAGCAUCUGGUCCUGUUCAAGACGGAAUACACGUUACUGGUCGUUUCAGUUUUGUGGUUCCUGGAGAUCGGGAUCAAUGUGUGGGUCAUACAGAAAGUAGCAUACACUGAGAUAGACUGGAAAGCCUACAUGGAUGAAGUAGAGGGCGUCAUCAAUGGUACCUAUGACUACACUCAGCUUAAAGGAGACACAGGCCCCCUGGUGUAUCCAGCAGGCUUUGUCUACAUCUUCACAGCUCUAUAUUACAUCACCAGCCACGGGGUGAACAUCCGUCUGGGCCAGUACAUUUUUGCGGUUUUCUACCUCAUCACACUGCUGCUUGUCUUCAGACUAUACUACCGCACUAAGAAGGUUCCUCCCUAUGUGUUCUUCUUUGUGUGCUGUGCCUCCUAUCGAAUCCACUCCAUCUUUGUGCUGCGUCUUUUCAAUGACCCAGUGGCCAUGAUGCUGCUGUUUGCAGCUGUCAACCUGUUCAUGGAUGGGUACUGGACCUUGGGCUGUGGCCUCUACAGUUUAGCAGUGUCUGUGAAGAUGAACGUGCUCCUUUUUGCCCCUGGGCUACUUUUUCUCCUCCUGUCUGAGUUUGGUCUAAUCAGGACAAUCCCAAGACUUUCUCUGUGUGCGGGCAUACAGCUUAUACUGGGCCUCCCUUUCCUCCUGGAGAAUCCCAUCGGUUACGUGAGCCGGGCUUUUGAUCUUGGCCGUCAGUUCAUGUUCAAGUGGACGGUCAACUGGCGCUUCCUGCCAGAGUGGCUCUUCUUGAAUCGCUACUUUCACUUACUCUUGCUGGCUGCCCACCUGCUCACCCUGCUGCUCUUCGCUUUCCGCCGGUGGAAGAGGCCAGGAGAAAGCAUCUUCGAACUUCUCAAGGAGCCUGGCAAGAGGAAAAUCCCUCCUCAGAAGAACACCGUGGAUCAGAUAGUGCUGAUUCUGUUCACCUCUAACUUCAUUGGCAUGUGCUUCAGUCGUUCAUUGCACUACCAGUUCUACGUCUGGUACUUCCACACGCUGCCUUACCUGCUCUGGAGUGGAGGAGUCAAGAAGCUGGCUCACCUGCUCAGGGUCCUGAUCCUGGGUCUGAUCGAGCUCUCAUGGAACACAUACCCCUCCACUAACAGUAGCUCGGCUGCCCUCCACGUCUGCCACGUCAUCAUCCUCCUCUGUCUGUGGCUGGCUCCACCCCUGCCUUCAUCCCCAGCAGAAACGCAACAACAUGCGCCUGUCAAGGACAAACGCCAGUGAGCCACAGCCUGAUCGGACCGGACGUCGCAUUCGGUUGAGUCAGCUGCCGGACAGCCUCGAUCCUACUCCUCUCUUUGAUCCUCACAACACCGGUGCAGAGGGAGGUCACUGGGGUAGACUGUUUAUACAUGAAUCAAAAGGAGCCAUUUGAUGCCUGUCAUGUCGGCUCACUGCUAAAAGUGAAGGAAGCAAACGUGUGGCUGCAGUCUGCAGACAGAGAUCUACAUGAUGAAAUGGGAUGUAGUUGUCCCUUGCAGUUGAGGAGAUGAAAGAGAGGAAGAAAAUAUGGGUUCUCAGGUUUCAUUUUCAAAUACAUAACAGGAAAAGUGGAGUACAAUGCUAGGAGGAAAUUGUGAAUGUUAUUCUGUGUGGAAAGAAUUUGUUACAUAGGCUAUAUUUCUACUUAGUAUGUUAAAGUUACAGUCUGCUCAUAAUUCAGCUGGCCUAAUCAUAAUUAUGAUAUUAUCCAAACUCAUUUUCUGGAGUGGAAGUGAUCAUGUACAUUGUAUUAAGAAAGCAUUAUAUUGAAGAAAGCUUUAAAUGAAAUGCAUAUCAGGCAUAAGCUUGUGGCAUAGUAAGUUCAGUAUUCUCCAGUACAAGGCCAAAACUCUUUUCCAGUCAUUAUAUAAUUUUACACAAAGUGUGAAACUGAACUGUAGACAGUCACAGCUGUUUGCAUGUCAUAUCAUAAUUGAUUUGUCCUCUGUUGUGAGUGGCUCCCUACACUCAUCAGCACAUACGUAGAUAUAAUGUGAAAAAUAUGAAUUAGACUGAAACAGCAGAAGUGUAACAUUUUAUAUUAAACAGAGAUGCCACUUAA